AGGUACCAGUUAGGUGCACGCGUGAUCGCGCAAACGUAAACACGUAUAUGUACGCGACACGGCCCACACGGCCGAAGCAAGAAUUUCGUAUGACUGUGUAAGUGUUGUGCUUAAAAAUUGCGCAGAUGUUGGUACAUAUUUAGGUGUGAAAGCUCGAGAAAGACAAAGGUUCGCGUGAUACGUAAAAGAAACGUUUGCACGCGUUUGACCUCGCGUUCGAAAGGGUAGAUAGGUAAACUGACAUCGGGUAGGUAGAAGAACUAUUUCGAAUAAGAUCGAACAGUUUCGAAAAUGGCGGCCAAGAGUGGUGGUAACGAUGAAUUGUCAUCGAUAAUGAAACCAAUAUUAGCGGUAUCGCAAGGAUCGUUUGACAAAACCGAUAUCAUUAAAUUGGCGAAAAGCAUUGCUAAGAGCGAAAGUAAGUUCGUUUCUCACCAAGAGCAAUAUGAAACGUUUUAUACGUCCAUCGCAGCUCUCGCGGCUGAUUAUUUGGCCGGUUGUGCCAGUACUUUACCGAAGAAUCAAAUAUCGAUAGUUUGUCAAGCGUGCAGAGUACUUCUGCAUUGUCUUAUAGACAAAUUAUCUCGACACAAAGUCCAACAGGGAGAAAGCAGUUCUGCCGUUUUAAGCACAAAGCAAUUGUUAUUACCGAUACAUGCGCUUUGCAUCGGUCAAUCCUUACUUUCGUCCAACGAAGAGGCAGCCUUGCUGGCCAUCGUAAUAACUGCGAAAACACCUCCUUACCUUCAGCCUUCUUCGUCCGAAAGCGAGAAGGAUGUUUCUCAAUGUUCGAAAGAUGCUGUACGAGCGCGAGGUGAUUUAUCCGGCAGCAUUCUCGAGCAAUUAACGAUGCCUUUGCAAGAUUUCGCAUGCAUGUCCAUGCCUGUUAUCGUCGAAAGUUCUAACGAAGGAACUAGCAAAAGCGGAAAUGGAAGUAGCACCAACGAAACCAAUUCGGACACUAAGGCAACAUUCGUCGCAAAUAAUAUAGGUAUUCUUCGAAACAUGGGUGCAGGCGACACCCUUUUGGAUAUGUGUUUGAGCCUUCCACAUUUAUCGCGCUACACCCGAAAAUAUCAAGCGUAUUUAAACAAAAAAGGUUUUAGUUUACCAGCGAACGCUUCGGAAGCACACGCUAUACGACACAGUUUACAUUGCGUAGCGAGCGACAUUAAUAUCGUUCACAACGUGAUGUCGUUGCGUUUGCUGGAACCUUUGACACCGAUCAAAUUAGAAAAGCUUUCGACGCUGACCAUGUCUUGCCUAUAUUGCUCGAUCGCGUACGCGACCGCGUCUAGUAUCGUUGGAAUAACGAAUGCCGUAUCACCGAAAUGUAGUACGAAUACGACUGCCGGGGCGCAAACCGGACAAAGCGGUUUAAAGAAUACCGAGGAAGAAUACGAUACAUUGGCGAUCACGGUAGUCGAGAAAAGUUUGGAAAUAUUUGGGAUGGUUUCGAACGUGAUCAAAAACAGCACACGCGCAGGUGGUCAUAUAUUGCAAAACCAUUUGCUUAUCGGGGUAUGGUUGUUGGUAGCCGGUUUGCAAGCGCAGCUCUCUGCGAGCAGUUUCAGCGCGGCGGAUAAAGGAAAAGAAGAAAAGGGCAAAUCGCCGAGUAAGGCGCGCGAUGGAACGACACGGGUCAAUCUAAUGAAAGUACAACAAGGUUUUGGAGUGCUCUCGGUAGCUUUAGCUUCUCAUGCGCUCGCAUUGAUGAGCGCGCUUUUAGAAGAUGUGUCGGUCGAAGCGGUUAUCGAUCACACGGUUCCCCCUGAACCAGCACCACUAGACAUAUUAUCUAAUGCCAGUGCGCUUCAAAGAGCGGUUACUUUUCUUCAAGCUGUACCGCUCAAUCAUCUUCUCUUUUAUUUGGCUACUAUCAGUUAUAGAAAGGCCUGUACACUGAAAAGAGUGCAAAAGCAUCCGUUCGAAGGUGAUGCUCUAAGUCAGUCAGACUCUACGACAUAUUACGAGGAUCUGUUGAGUUGUUCAGAUAAUACCGACGAAGAGGAGGACAGCGAACCAAUUUUGGGUCUAUGGUUCGAAGAAACUAUUGCUCCGUCGGAUGGAUCGCCUGCGAACGGUGCAAAAGAGUCUGGCAACGAAACAAAUGUUGAACGUUCGGCAACCACUAUCGUUCCUGAUAAUCGUGAACCGCACGGUUAUAUAUCUCUGGCCACGAAGAUCUUUCAAUUCAUGAAUCAGCAUUUGAUCGGUAGUAAAAGUUCAUAUGUACGAGAGUAUGUGGUAAAUGGCUUGGUCGAGCAGCAGAUGGUGAUACUAGCGGCAAUUAUCAGGGAUUUAGAUCACGAGACUGCUAGAACGGAGACCGGCACCAUCUCGGUGUUCUAUGGCGCCACCUUAGGCGCUAUGUAUUCCGAGUUCUCUCAAGCAUUGAGUCGUUACACGCACAACUUGUUAGCACGAAACACUUUAAGCGAAAGCCUACAAAACACUCUUCUCCAACAUUUGGGCGUGAAUCCAUGGUCUGGAACGGACAGUACGACUUCUUGUACAUGGCCCCUACAAGUGUAUCCGAGAACUUUGAGCGUGUUGGCACAGGUUCUUCUUUUGAAACCGCAAUCGGAGAAAGAAGCAGCUUGCAUAAGUAUAUGGCAUCGUCUGGUGACAACCAUGGUGGAAAAUGUAUGCAAUCCACCUUCCACAUUCGAAGCAGAAAACGAAGAUUUGAAUGUGGAACAUGCACAACUGGUAUUGAUUUUGUUCCAUUCGCUUAAUUUAAUGCAAAAGAAAUCGGUUUUGCUCGUAACUGGUAGCGGCGCGGUGCGUUGCAGCGAAGCCGUCAAAACUGCAAUGAGGGAUUCUCAGCUAUUGCACUUGUCGCGAUUAUUACUAUUGCUAGAAUACAUGAUGAAGCAUCUUUAUGACGCACCUCCCCCAUUACUUAAACAAGUCCAAUGGAAUCUGUUUUCGGCCGCAAGUUUGGUUUGUGACGCAAAAGACGGGAAUAAACAAACUGCUCGAGUAUUUAUGCCAUGGACCGAAAUUGAAGACAACUAUCGGAAGUUCGGCAACCAAGACGAGUUUUCGAUGAAACCCCGAUUCUACAAUCUUUCUACAACGGAGUGCAAUAACCAAAAUACUCCUAAGUUGGAUGGACUGGCUUGCAAUUUUAUUCUGGGCGCACCGGAUAAAAUGAGAUAUCCGCUUCUUGUCGAUGCACUGAUAAAUAUAUUGAAUGUCUUGAAUCAAACGGAUAUGGUGAGAAAACCGGAAACCGAUGGCAAAGAAAAAGUACCAUCCUUCUUGGGAUUAUGCGCGAUUCGGUAUUGCUUCUCUAUAUGUUGGAGAUUGUUGUUAAUGUUACCACCUUCUACAUCGUAUAUGGACACAUUGGCUCUCGGUGAGGAAAUUCCUGCUGGACCAAUGUUACUUCAUUCUCUGAUUUGGGGGCCCAGAGCCGCGUACAAAACUUUCACAAGUUGGAUGAAGGACUGUUUGGUCAGGCAAGGAAUGUACACUCAAUACGCAGAAAAUCUUUUAAAGACCGUAUCGUCUACCGUUAAUUCCAUUAAAUACGAUGUUACGAUCGCAAAGAAUUGCAUUACCACGUUGAAACCAGAGACAAAUUUUCCGAACAACGUGAUGCCGAAAAGCGCUUUGCCAAAACUCAGUUCAUUGUGUAUUCUAGCUGCGAUUGUCGGCAAGCUGCAAGUUCUUUUCGACGAUAGUAUAUCAAAAAAUCAAAAUGAAAACGUUGAAAAUGCAAAAAGUCCGCAGACCUCCGAAUGCGGGGCCACGAACGCGCCCAAAAUGAUCAGCAGCAUUCUUCCACGUGUCCUUUCGCUGACCGAGGCCAUCUUGGCUUCGUGCCGAUCGAGUAUACUCCAUCAAAUGAUCGAAUCUCUGGAACAAGACAGCAAAUUCGGUCCCCGAGAUUAUUCUAUACUUAACGAUAUUGUUUCGAUGGCGGGCGCGUAUUGGGCGACCGAAGCAUCUUUGAUCACUUUCUUACCCAAUUCUGUGAAAUCUGUCCUCGAGAAAUGGAAGUCGAUCAGCGUUAUUCACAUUCCUUGGAACUCGUACGCGAACGACAUCAUUCCGGCAGAGAGUUUCAUAUUGGUAACCGUUAACCAUCACGUAAAAUCGCUGUCCGAGUAUCCAACGUUCUCCAUCAAUCCAUCUUUGAAGAAUUUACUGCAUAGCCUGGUCACCUUCAUGUCGGAAUACGUCACGAUUGCCACGGCUCCGGAGUACUCGGAUCAGGUUCAAGCAUUGGAUAUCUUGAUCGCGCUGUACAUGGACAGUCGCACCGAUUAUCUCCAGCACAUGGCGAAUAGGACAUUAACCAAACUUUUGGGUGACAGUGACAACGAGAUGCGACAAUUACGGGAACAUCUCUAUAUUUUGAAUCAAACGUACAAUUUGAUCAUCGACUACACGAGCGAUGUUCAAGAGCCCGUAAAUAUCGUGGUCGACGAAAAAAUCUUGAAGCGAUGUAUAAAAUAUUGGGAGCAGUUAUUGGAGAAACCUAUCGGGUGCAAGGCCCUGGACUCGUUUUUCGCUCCAAACACCAACAAGUCUCUCGUUUCGGUUUUACUAUGCGUAACCUCCCCGCAAACAUCGAGACAAUUUGCUACUCACGUUUUGCGCUUCUUUAACAUGCUGUUCAAGAUGGCUGAAAAAGGAAGCGACGCGUCGCUGGAACGUCUUUGCGGAUCUGUGUUGAACUUGGCACACGUAGAAACCGAGAAGCUGCAAGCAUGGUUGAAACAAGUGAUUUUAGGAGGAACCAGCAUUUCUCCGAGCGCAUCCUCGACCAACAUACAAACGCCAACGGUAGUGACGUCGAACGCGUUGGUUCUCGUUCCUGGUACCAGCGAAGAUAAACAAAAAUCGGACGAGGCUAACAACGUGUCGAACAACGAGCAAGUACAGUGGGCGAUUACGCUGUCCGACGGUUCGGAAAGUAACAAUCAGUCGACCAGUAUCACCGAUGAACAGCAGCAGCAGCAGCAGCAGCAGCAGCAACAGCAACAACAGAUCCAACAGCAGCACUCUAUGCAUGAAAAUAGCCGAUUGUUGCGGGCGCUUACAAAUUAUAUAGUGAAGGAAAAGAGCAGCGUGGACGAAGGUGUGCCGGUGGCUAUUUUACAAGCACUCAUACCGCUGGCUUAUCAAAUUCUGUCUCCCGCCAUCGAAGGAAACGGUUUCUCGGAAUUGAUGAAUGUUAUGUCGAUGCUGGCCGAUGCUGGUUCCGAGAGGGGACAUUCGCUGCUGUUCAAAGCUGCGAUCGAAUGGAUGGAGCUAUGCAAGGAACAACUGAUGAGUAAAGACCAUCAAACGUUACUGGAUAAGCCAUUGGCAUUCGUCGAAGCCGGUUGUUGUAUACUGAAUUACAUAGCGGACGUUGUGAGCGCGGUUUGUCCUCAAUCUGUACAUUCGCAAGACAGAGCAACCAGCCCGCCGUGGGAGGGUACGACACCGAUCAACGACUUGAACGAUAGCGACUGGGUCGAUGAUAUCCCGCACGAAGAUGAAGAUAGUAUCGCUGAAGAUUCCGACGAGGAUAGCCUUUGCAACAAACUUUGCACAUUCACGAUCACCCAAAAAGAAUUUAUGCAUCAACAUUGGUACCAUUGCCAUACAUGCAGCAUGGUGGACGGAGUCGGUGUAUGCACCGUCUGCGCCCGCGUGUGUCAUCGGGGACACGAUGUUACGUACGCCAAAUACGGAAACUUCUUUUGCGAUUGCGGCGCCAAGGAUGACGGUUCCUGUCAAGCGUUGACGAAACGUAGCCAUCAGGCAUCCGAACACCAAACUAACGGUACCACCGAUACCGGAAACACAGCCUCCAGUUCGAUCGGUGGUACGAGCGGCACCGUUGCUACAAAUUAUGGAAACGCGCUUGGAACUUCGAUCGAGAAUCGCGAUGUUCUCGGCAGCAAUCUACGCAGACGUACAUCCAGUCCGGUUUACUUUUACGAUAAACAAGAACGUCAAAGCCGCGAGAAACAAAGAACCUGCUACUUGUCCAAGCAGCUAGAAGCAUCGAAAGACUGGAUACAAGGACACUUGUGGAAAAGCGGUCUGGUACCGUCGUUGGUAGAUUUAGCGCGCGCGCUGGUACCAGCCGUGGAUGCGUUUUGUCAGAAAAAUUCGGCGGUUGGUUGUCACGCUCGUGCCCAAGCUGCGCUCAAACAGCUGCACACUGUCGAUAAGAAAUGCGAAUAUACCGAUCAAUUGAUGCUUCCCACUUUGGGCUCGCAAGAAGGUGCAUUUGAAAACGUACGAAUGAAUUAUUUCGGUGAUCAAGGACACACCAUCAGGCAGCUGUUAUCCGCGCAUAUAAUACGUCGAGUUGCGAUGUGCUGUUUGUCGUCGCCGCAUGGUAAAAGGCAACACUUGGCGGUUUCACACGAGAAAGGCAAGAUAACGGUACUGCAGUUGAGCGCUUUACUGAAACAAGCAGAUUCGUCCAAGAGAAAAUUGAUAUUGACGAGACUCGCCUCUGCGCCUGUGCCCUUCACUGUUUUGUCGCUGACCGGCAAUCAAUGGAACGAAGACUUUUUAGCAGUGUGCGGUUUCAGGGAUUGCCACGUAUUAACUUUCAAUACUUCUGGAACAGUUUCGGAUCAUUUGGUGCUGCAUCCUCAGUUGGAAACGAGUAAUUUCAUUAUAAAAGCAAUUUGGCUACCCGGUUCGCAGACGCAAUUGGCAUUGGUCACAGCGGAUUUUAUAAAAAUUUAUGAUCUUGGAAAGGACGCGCUUUGUCCCCAGUAUUAUUUCCUCGUACCAUCCGGAAAGAUAAGAGACUGUACGUUUAUGCACUCCGAGGAUGGCGUAUUUUCUCUGCUAAUAAUGCCUUCGACCGGCUAUAUUUGUGGUCAAGCAAUGAACGAGGAAAGCUCGGCGAAACACGGUCCUUUCUAUGUAACCAAUAUCCUGGACGUAUAUCACCCAGAGAUACAAGACAACGGACAGGUUGGCGGUGGUGGCGUAUCAAUUUAUUACUCGCACGCUUUACAAUUGUUGUUCUUUAGUUACGCGUGCGGAAAAAGUUUCGUAGCACCCCUGAAAUGUAUCAAUAGCGAUUUGACCAUUAUAUUUCAAAUCAAUCUUGCCGGCAACAAAACUACAAACGGAAACAAGUCGAAUAACAAUCAACCGCAACCGUUGUGUCAGUGGAGCGAAGUACCGAAUCAUCCUGGAUUAAUAUGUUCGGUAUUACAAACAAGCAACAAUCCGGUCAUAUUAAUGAUCAAACCGGAUACGAUAAUGAUCCAGGAAAUCAAAGUGAUUCCUGCAAAGGCGAAAAUCAUGGAUAUGGUAACGAUACGUCAUCCUAGCUCGAAUGCUGAACAACGAACAACGUUGAUACUAUUGUGCGAAGACGGUAGUCUAAGAAUUUAUAUGGCUGGAAUGGAACAAACCGGAUAUUGGAUGUCACCGUCCGUGCAACCAAUGGGUACAAUUGCCACUGUUAAACCGACGAGGAAGAAGAAAGUAACGAAAACGGUGAAACCCUCGGGUUCCGUUAGCUUCUCUAUAGAUUUUUUCGAACAUUGUCAAGUGAUAAACGACGUUGAAUUUGGCGGCAACGAUUUGCUUCAAAUUUACAACGUUGCCCAAAUCAAGCAUAGACUGAACACCACAGGAAUGUACGUUGUUUCCAUGAAAACGAUGGGAUUUAACGUUGAAGUUACCAAUAACGACGCCGUUUUAGUUAUGACGGGAAUCAGAGUGUCGCUUGGAAGUCAGGACGUUCAAAGAGCGCCUCUUUACAUAGAGGUAUUCGGUAGAACUAUUUAUACAACUGUAACGAAGAGCCGAUGGUUCGAUAUUCCUUUAACUCGGGAGGAAAGUCUUCAAGCUGACAAAAAACUGACCAUCACUUUUGGACCGUCGCAAGAUCCCGAAGGUGUGACCAUGGUAGAUUCUAUAAAAAUAUACGGGAAAACGAAAGAUGCGUUUGGUUGGCCCGAAGAAAUAGAAGAUACAUCGACCGGCCAAUCCGCGACUGCUCCGGUAGCAACAAUAAACAGUGACGCGGACAAUGCUGUCGCAACACCAACUCCAUUGUCCUCUGUCGACAGCUCCACGAAGGAUAAUUUCUUUAAUAUCGAAAGACUAGUCGCAGACAUCCUGGAGGUUUUAGAACUGUCUUUCGAUGUUUCUUCGAACGACGAGAAUCGAUUGCCGUUAAAAACCACGACUAUAGACGUCGCCUCAAGAUUAUUAAUACUACCUACUCCGCCAGCAGUACAAAUGCAUACAACGGCGCUUUUAGCCUCGCUACAUUCGUCGAAACAAGCGUAUCAUCUACACAAGGAUCACGUACUGCUGUCGCACGUAUUGGAAUCAUUGAAACCAAUGAGAAAGCUGAACGACGCCCGCGACAUAGAUGCGAAAAACUUUUACAGGCUUGUGCUUAUCGUUCGAGGCAUUUCCGUUUCACAACCACAGAACCUUGCCAAAUUUACCGACCAAUAUACGAAUAAACCGAUAGAUGAAACCGAUGUACCAAUUUUUGAGAAGGAUCGACAGAGUCUCGGUGAAUCUAGUAAAACCGUGGACGAGAGUCAGCAGCAUCUGGUCGUGCAACUGAUGGACAUACUAUGGGCUUUGCACAUGGCUUAUCCAAAAAAUAUGGCUUUGGCACCGGUGGUUAUUCCUGGACUCACCAACGCUGAAGCAACGAUACACGCGAUCGUAGAAAUAAUCCAUGCGUUUGCUACCUGUGACGUCGAGAAGAAUGUACCUUUAGCUGCGAAACUGUAUCUACAACUUUUGCUUUCAUCGGAUGUAACGGUCAGUUUUAGCGCUAAGCAAGCGAUCAUUCGUGUUCUUCGACUGAGGUACAAGAGAAGAAGAGUUUAUAUACCGAGUCCUCCUAAUUGUAGCACACCAGGGGCGGUCGUGGAUUCGGAAGAUAAGCCAGCAUCGUCGUCCGCGCAAUUGCAGCCGCAGUCGCAGUCGCAGUCGCAGUCGCAGCAACAAUCGCAACCGCAAUCGCAUCGGGAAGCUCUUACGACGGUAUCAGCGACUUCGGCGACGUCGACAACGUCGUCGGCUGGAUCCGCGAUGGAUCGCGAAACAGUGGAUCAACAGUUGGCUGGCGACGUCGAAUCGAUCGUGUCGGUGGACGACCCCGUAGCAGUAAUGCUCGCAGCCAACAGCAACCAAGGAUCUAGCAGCCCACCUUCCGCAGCCAUGUCGUCCGUCGCAGCCAGCAGUGGGUCUGCCGGUGCUGGGAGUUUGGCUGCAGGUAGCAGAGGAUCAGGAUCAGCCGCUAGAGGAACAGUCAGUUCGUUAGAAACAUUGCUCACCGCAGGCAGUUUUCCACCGAUUCUGGAUGUUCCGCCAGAUAUACAUUACGAAGCUAUGAUGGAAGUUGCGAUGGCUCUUAGUUUACAAGAUCAAGAUGGAGGACGUUUCGAUGUGAGAGCUUUACGACAAAGAUUCCAUCAAAACAUGUCCCUCUUGCAAGGUUUCGAUGGAUUGGUUCAGGUGCAGGGUACAAGUCAGGCUCAGGAAAGCGGUGGACAUUAUUCGGAUACGACUGCUUCUGCUGGCGGAUCCGACGACGAGAGAUCAACAGCGGCCACCGACGGUAGCACUUUGCGAACGUCUCCGGCGGAGCAAGGUGGUAGUGGUGGUAGCAAAGGUAGCGAAAGCGGUGGAAGCGAGAGCGGAGGAAGCGCCGUAGACAGCAUAAUAGGAGAGCAUAAUAUAUCGGGCCGAAGUUCUGCAUACGGAGACAAUGUUCCUGAUUCUAUACCUCCAGUGGGAGGAAUUGGAGUCAUUCAAGCGCCACGUUCCGAAAUUAAUACCGUGGGUCUUCACGCGACUUUUACCGUCACCGAACAGGAAGAAGGCACGGAACAGGAACAAGAGCAUGCUACCGAACAAGAAAACGACACAAGCUGCGAGACCUCGACGAAACUGUAUACUGUGCGAUUAUUGUUACUCGACAAGCUUGUACAGUUUAUACCGCAUUUGGCGAACGUACCUGGAGUCAUGGCCAUUCCAUUUAUGCAGGUUCUACUAUCGUUGACAACGCACUUGGACGGCCAGGAAGAGAAAGACAAAGCUUGCGUCGAGCGAUUGCUACGAACAUUGGUGAAAGAAUUAGAAUUAGAUAAACCGGAUACACAAGAUAUAUGUCAACGUAAUAACAAGCGGGAAGUUCAUUUGGUUAUUAUACGUUUUCUAAGCAUCCUAAUGUCUCGGUGGAAAUGUACUGCUAAAGUACAAACUGAAAAUUCAAAUUCCGUUUCACAAAUGGCUGCUGUGAUACUAAGUAAAGCCGGGAUAAUCGAUUAUUGUUUGACGCUGUUGAAAGCAUUAUUAGAAUAUUGGAAAACGACAUCGAACGAAGAAACUAAUACUAUUCUCGGUGGUCAACUGCUCAAAGAACACCUGACAACUUCUCCGCCAAACAUGUCGCCGUUCUUUUUACGUCAUUACGUCAAAGGACACGCCGGGGACGUAUUUGAACCGUAUCCACAGUUAUUGACCGAAAUGGUGUUACGAUUGCCCCAUCAAGUUCAUAAGCACGCAGAAAAUACAGCUGCACAGCCAGCGUUCGAACAACCGUGGUAUUAUUAUCUUUGCGAAUACAUGAUGUCUUAUCAGACACCGUGCGUCAGAAGACAAGUACGCAAGUUGCUACUUUUUAUUUGCGAUAAUAAAGAAAAGUACAGACAAUUGCGCGAUCUGCACGCUCUAGUUUCGCACGCUCAGUCGGUUCAACAGUGCUGUGCCGCCGGUGGUUUCGAGCCGUUUCAAACGCGUCCGCAUGCGAUCAACUUGCCUUACGAUUCUCUCGUCGAGUUGAUCGAACAUUUGAAAUGUUGCGUCGAAAUUGCUACUAGUCGAACUGGAAAUUGGCAGCGGUUCUGUUUGAAACAGAAUACAGUAUUGUCGUAUCUGUUCACGGUAUCGACACUGUUGGACGAAGGUGUCAGUCCUACCGUUUUACAACUUCUACAGUGCGCUAUAUGUUCAAGCAACAAAUCGAAAGAGCGAAAGGAAAACAAGACGAAGGAAUCGAAAUCGGGCGGUACCGGAACGACGAAGGAAAGACGGGAACGUGAAAAAUCCGAAGACUCCGAUACGGAAGCGAAAUUCGAAGAAGCUCAGUGUUUAGCUCUGGUCGAACAGAUCCAGAAACAAGUGGCGCCACACUCGUUGACGAAAUUUAUACAAGCCUUUUUACUGGAGACUAACAAUACCAAUGUUCGCUGGCAAGCACACUCCUUGAUACUGGCAAUUUAUAAGAAUUGUGGUCCGGACGAUCAAGAAGUUUUACUAGAUCUGUUGUGGCGAUUGUGGCCCCUUUUGCCUACCUAUGGUCGAAAAGCCGCACAAUUUGUGGAUUUGCUUGGCUACUUUUCUUUAAAGACUGCGCGUACAAGCAAGAAAAUGCCUACUUACAUGGAACAGGCAGUGGCGGUGUUACGUGCACAAAAUCAGUUGCUGACUCGACAUCCAAACGCGAAUCUGUACGCGAAUCUCGCUCAGUUCGUCGAACUGGAUGGCUAUUAUUUGGAAAGCGAGCCUUGCUUGGUCUGCAACAACCCCGAAGUUCCCAUGUCGACGAUCAAACUCUCUACGAUUAAAGUCGACUCGAAGUUCACUACAACCACGCAAAUCGUCAAAUUGGUUGUCAGUCAAACGAUCAGCCGUAUCACUCUUCGCAUAAGCGAUUUAAAGAGAACGAAAAUGGUGCGUACCAUCAACAUAUAUUAUAACAAUCGGUCGGUCCAAGCAGUGGUGGAAUUGAAAAAUAAGCCAGCGAUGUGGCAUAAAGCGAAGAAAAUAAUGCUGGCGCAAGGACAAACGGAAAUCAAGAUGGAGUUCCCAUUACCGAUAGUCGCUUGCAAUUUAAUGAUUGAGUACGCCGACUUUUACGAGAACAUCCAAGCCUCCUCGGAGACUCUGCCGUGCCCGCGAUGUUCGGCGAACGUGCCAGCGAAUCCAGGCGUCUGUCCAAAUUGCGGGGAGAACGCGUUCCAAUGUCACAAGUGCCGCGCUAUCAACUACGACGAGAAGGAUCCUUUCCUUUGUCACGCCUGCGGUUUCUGUAAAUACGCCAAGUUCGAUUAUACGUUGACCGCGAGACCUUGCUGCGCCGUCGAUCCGAUCGAAAACGAUGACGAUCGUAAGAAAACAGUUGUAACGAUCAACGCGUUGCUCGAAAAGGCUGACAGAGUAUAUAAAACCCUGAUUUCGAACAAGCCAACGUUAGAAAUGUUAUUGAUCAAGAUAUCGGAGCACCGAUUGGACCGAGGUCUGGAGGACGGUGCCGGUAGCGGAGCCGGUACCGGUUCCAGUUCCGGUUCCGGUGGAAGCACGCAAGUCAACAGGGCCAUACAGUUGCUCGCUCAAAAGUAUUGCGGCGAGUGUAAAUCCUCGUUCGAGGACCUUAGCAAGAUCAUACAGAGAGUACUCGCGUGCCGUCAAGAAUUGGUGGCUUACGAUCGUCAACAGCGAGGUCAGAGCUCCACCUCGUCGAACGCCGCGAUCAGUGGUGAAUCGUCCGUUACCGCUACCACCACUACCGCCGCCGCCGCCGCCGCCGCCAUCGCUACCACUGCUACCGGCACUAGCACAAGCAGUAGCACCAGCAGUAGCAGCAGCAGUAGCGCCAGCAAUAGCACCAGCACCAGCACCAGCACCAGCACCAGCACCAGUACCAGCACUAGUACCGCGAUUAGAGAGGAAUCUUCGUCGACGGCAGGAACGAACGCGGCUGCGGAUAGUCCAACUACCGGUAGCACCUCGGCUGCAACCGACGCCGUAACAACGGAACCUGUUACCUUCGUGGCCGUUGCUAUGCCACAAACGGUGGGUCGAUGUUACGGUUGCGCGACCGCAGCCACGGAACAUUGUCUGACCCUGUUGCGCGCACUCGCCACGAAUCAAGGCGCCAGAGAGGUUCUGUGCAAACAAGGAUUGAUUCAAGAAUUGGUCGAGCAUAAUCUACGGAAGGGUACGGUGCAGAUGCAAGAGGAGGUUCGCCAACUGCUUUGCCUAAUUACCAGAGACAAUCCGCAGUCGAGCAAAGAACUUUGUUCUCUGUUGACCGAGCGAAUUACUUUGACGCUACGCGGUCGUGUGCCCACUUCGGAUCUAUCGGUAGCGGUACGUCACGAAAUGGCGUUGCUGGCUGCUCUGGUUCAGAAAGAAGACACCUGCUGGGAGCAGAAGCUGCGUUGCGUGAUGCAGUUGUUCUUGAUGGCUUGCAAGGAAUCGAAAAGUCCCGUGGUGAUGGAGAGCAUCAUAGUACCGUGUCUCAAGAUACUUCAGAGAUUGGUGAAGCCGGAGCAACCGGUGUCCAGGAAGAACAAGGACAAAGCGAUCGAGACGUUGGCGACCGUGCAGCCGCCCGAGGGCAUUACCAUCGACGUGAACAAAUGGCUGAACGGCGACCCGAGACAUUCGUAUUCCGAAUGGAUUCGUCGCAUGCCGAGGAAGAAGACCGGGCCACCGACCGUAAAACCGAUGCAGAAAGAGGAAACGCGCGUUCUUUAUUUAAUGGAGAAGUACGGGCACCGAUGGCGUAACCGAUGCGCAAGACAGCAAGGCGUGCAACCGUUGAAACUGGCCGACGGAGCAUGGUUGAAGGAGGUCUUGUUCAAUCCGAGCUCGCGACUCGCGCGACAGGUGGCUUGCUACAUGAUAGAGAGCCUUUGUCAAGGUACCGAACGUAAAAAGGAAGUACUGGUGCUGCUCACUUGUUAUCUGGAGGAAUUGCGCACGGCUGGCGAAAGCAGCACCGAGUUUCUCACGUUGUACGAGAGCUUGAUCAAGCAACCUCCUUGGAAACAAUUCCUGGCUGUGCGUGGCGUAAUGACCUUGCUCGCGGAUCUAUUGACCAGAGAAAUCGAACAGUUGCAUCGGCUGGAGGAAACGACGUUGACCAGUGAUCUGGCGCAAGGUUACUCUCUGAAAAUGCUGACGGAACUGUUGGCCACGUUUCUCGAGCAAGAGAACAUCAAACAACAGUACAAAGGUCGACUGGUAGGCGCCGUUCUGAACGGUUAUCUCUCGUUGAGGAGGCUGGUUGUUCAACGAACGCGGCUAAUCGACGACACUCAGGAAAAGCUGCUCGAGCUGCUCGAAGAGAUGACCACCGGUACGGAAGAGGAAACGAAAGCGUUCAUGGCGAUAUGCGUCGAAACCGUGCAAAAGUACAGCAUCGAGGAUGUCCGCACUCCGGUAUUCAUAUUCGAGAGACUCUGCUCGAUCAUAUACCCGGAGGAGAACGAUAUCGGCGAGUUUUUGCUGACUCUCGAGAAGGAUUCGCAACAAGAAGAUUUUCUCCAGGGCAGAAUGCUGGGAAACCCGUACAGUAGCCUGGAGCCGGGUCUGGGACCGCUGAUGCGGGACGUGAAGAAUAAAAUUUGUCAGGACUGCGAAUUGGUUGCCUUGCUGGAGGACGACAACGGCAUGGAGCUUUUGGUCAAUAACAAGAUCAUCAGUCUCGAUCUGCCCGUGGAGGAAGUGUACAAAAAGAUUUGGGUCCUGGAAGGCGGCGGGUGCGAUUCGAUGCGGGUCGUCUAUCGAGUGCGAGGACUGCUCGGGGACGCUACCGAGGAGUUUGUCGAAAGUUUGAACGCGAGCAGCGAACAAGAAGUGAACAACGAAGAAGUCUAUAAGAUGGCGAACGUUUUAGCGUAUUGCGGAGGACUGAAAGUUAUGUUGGACAGGCUAGCUGCCAUACAGGACGUGAACAGAGCUCGACCUCUCCUUCAGGUUCUCUUGAAGCUGUUUCGAUUGUCGGUGAAAGUCAAGAAGAACCAGGAGGUUUUAAGCAAGCCCGAGCUGGGUGCGGUUACGGUUUUCCUAGACGUACUGCAACGUUGCCUCGAAACCGAGUCGGAGAAUUCCCAAGCGAAAAUCACCGAACAACUGCUGGAUAUCAUGGAGACGAUCCUAACGCACGCAGCUUCUCAGCCAUUGUCGUGUUUCGAAGCUUUCUCGCGUACCCUGGGCGGACCCGAGCACAUCAAAUCCCUCCUAUCCUGCACUCAAUCGACAGCGGUCAGACAGACCAACAACGUGCUGGCACACCUUGCGCGUGUACUUGCCGCGCUUACCUACGGCAACCGGGAGAAAAUGGCUUUGCUCUGCGAUUACUUCGAGCCUGUGUUAAAUUUUUACAAAUUCGAUUUCGUGCAUUCGCCGGAGGACGAACAAAAGCUCGAACUGUUCUGCGUUCUCACUCAGGCCAUCGAACACAACGCGAUCGGGAACACCUUAAAAGAUUACAUAAUAAGCAUGGGCAUCGUAAAGGACGCUUUCGAAUACAUAACCGUGCACGCACCUUGCGUCAAGCCGACGCUUCUGCGAACCGAUAGCGACGAAUUGAAAGAUUUUAUAUCGAAACCAGCGCUGAAAUACAUUCUACGGUUCCUUACCGGAUUAGCGACAGACCACGAGCCGACACAGCUGGCAGUCUCGCAAACUGCGAUCAGUAUAAUACACAGAUUGGAACAGGUAUCGUCGGACGAACAUGUUGGUUCCUUAGCGGAGAACUUACUGGAGGCGUUGUGUACGAAUAAACGCGUAGCCGAACUGAUAGAAGAAGCCCGACAGCAUACUCGCAGCGAAAAGAAACGGCUAGCGAUGGCGAUGCGAGAAAGACAGUUGGGCGCGUUAGGCAUGCAGACAAACGAUAAGGGUCAAGUAGUGGCCAAUGUAACGAUUCUUCAACAGAUGGAAGACCUAGGCGAUGAAACAGGAUUGGUUUGCGUCAUUUGUCGCGAGGGAUACAAAUUCAAGCCGAACAUGGUUCUGGGCAUUUACACGUUUACCAAACGUUGCAACGUGGAAGAAUUCGAAACGAAACAGAGAAAAACAGUAGGGUACACAACUGUCACGCAUUUCAACGUAGUUCACGUAGACUGCCAUAUGUCGGCUGUGAGACUGGCACGUGCGCGGGACGAGUGGGAAAGCGCAGCCCUGCAAAACGCGAAUACCAAAUGUAACGGACUUUUGCCGUUGUGGGGGCCUCAAGUUCCGGAAUCUGCUUUUGCUAGUUGCUUAGCAAGACACAAUACCUAUUUGCAAGAGUGCGCUAGUCAUCGCGACAUCUCGUAUUCCUCGACUGUGCACGACUUGAAAUUAUUAUUGUUGCGAUUCGCUCAAGAGAAGAGUUUCCACGAAGACACGGGAGGAGGAGGACCCCAGUCGAACAUGCACAUGGUUCCUUAUUUAAUUCACAUGGCUCUCUAUGUAAUCAACACCACACGCUCCGCAACGCGAGAAGACAAAACUUUAACCCUAUACUUGGAAGUACCUCCCAGCUCGGCGUGGCUCGAGAGUUGCUACGAAGCCGAGGGGCCCUUCUACCAGUGUACCAUUUCUCUCCUGCUUCUGACACCGGCACGUUGGAAAGCAUAUAAAAUUACGCAUUUGAACAGAAUGAUCGUUCUCGCUCAUCAACGAUACCUUUCACCCUCGGCUCCUACCAAAACCAUCGUCGAUGUCACCGUCAAGGAUUACACAGCGUACAAGAGCGCCUUGAUAUUCUUUGGUCUAAUCGAUUCUAUUUAUGCAAACUUUUUCAAGAAAGUUCAUGUACUUUCCGACGAUCAGUGGCCUUCAGUUUUAGCCGAAUAUAUUAGACAUAACGAUGAAGCCAUGUUGAAAGCUUCGGAACGUGUACUCGCUACUUAUCGUGACGAACUGUUACCUUGUGCAUCUUUCGAGGAGUUCUGUGACGUUGUCGGUUUAUUGGAAGACAUAACGAAUCCCUCUACGUAUAUAAGUGACAUCAUACAAAGUCUCGGUUAGAGAACAAUCUGUUGACAACUACGAAUAGGUGGAUUGAAUUGAACUGAACUGAACUUAAUUGAAUUGGAUUUAAAUUGAAAGAAAGAAGAACGAGAGAGAGAGAGAGAGAGAGAGAGAGAGGACAAAAUUGUUCUUCUACGUAAAUACAUAAUUUGUCUUGAAACUUUGGAAUUUCUUUUGUUUUAUUUUUGUUUCUCUUUGCUUCGAAAGCAUUAUUAUCACUACUUAUGUCUAUCCUAUGAGCUCCUACAACGACGAAUCUCGACUAAUAUUGGCUAAAAGAAAAUACAACUAGUAUUCUCGCUUUGUACAUUGCGAGUUAACUUGCUUUCCAUAGAGAAAAAGCCCAUUUACUGUAUUAUCGCGCGUGUUGUGUUACUCAACCCUAUAAUUGUACGUUGGAAAAAAAGAAGUCUGUGCUUUAAUAAAAUACGAAAUACCUAUUUGUA